CAUGCCAUCAACUAAAAGUGUUCCUUGAGAAUUUGUCUAUUUUAAGGAAGUGUCUGCACUAGUACAGCGGAAAACCUCACGCUGUCGUUUGGCAGAUGUUAAACGACGAUGUGUAAACAGUGGGCACUUUGUGCCGUGUCGCGUGAGAUCUGAAACAAGCUGCUUAUUUUCACCUGAUCGUGCUUCACGGGCUCCUUGGAGAUGAAGAGGAGAGACAAGCUGAAAAUCCCCUCCCUCACUUUGGAUUUGUCACCCAGCCAGAGCCCCAUCAUCCUGAGUCCAUGCAGUCCAGGCAGCCCCUGCAGUCCUUUACAAUCCCUUCAUCCCUGGAGCUGUCGCAGCAGUAAUAGAAAGAGCCUUGGUGUUGGAACGCCGUCGCCCACCCGCCCUCUUUCGCCUCUGUCCGCCCACACAGCUGCCAGCAGCCCUCUGGACAGCCCACGAAAUGUGUCCACUGCUAUUUGCUCUCUCAACUUCCCCUUCGCCCGCAGCCACCUGGCUCGAGCUGACAGAGUGGAAGGGAGACGGUGGUCUCUGGCUUCACUUCCAUCCUCAGGCUAUGGGACCAACCCUCCCAGCUCAACCGUCUCAUCAUCUUCCUCAUCUCAAGAACGACUGCACCAGCUUCCAUACCAACCCACACAGGACGAGCUUCAUUUUCUGUUCAAACACUUCCGAAGUUCGGAGAGCAUGACUGAUGAAGAUGGGCGGCCCUCCCCGUUUAUACGACCCCGGUCACGUAGCCUUAGCCCUGGACGAACUGGCAGCUCCUUUGAUAAUGAAAUUAUAAUGAUGAAUCAUGUCUAUAAGGAGCGCUUUCCAAAGGCCACCGCUCAGAUGGAGGAGCAUUUGCUGGAAGUCAUCAGGCAGUUUUCCCCAGACAGCACCCUACCACUGGGAGAUGGCGUCUUGGGAUUUAUCCAGCACCAGUUGGUGGAGUUGGCCAGGGACUGUCUGGAUAAAUCCCAGAAGGGCCUGAUCACAUCUCUGUACUUCAUAGAGCUGCAGGAUAAACUGGAAAAAAUGCUGCAUGAGGCUCUGGAGCGCUCCGAGAGUGAGGAGGUUUCAGUAAUCACCCAGCUGGUGAAGAAGAUCCUCAUCAUCAUCUCACGACCCGCACGACUGCUGGAGUGUCUAGAGUUUGACCCUGAGGAGUUUUACCAUCUUCUGGAGGCUGCAGAAGGUCACGCCAAAGUCGGCCAGGGCAUCAAAACGGAUAUUCCCCGCUAUAUAAUCAGCCAGCUUGGACUCAACAGAGAUCCCCUUGAUGAAGUCGUGCAGCUCGAGGAGCAGUAUGACUCUGGCCCCACACUGACGGUUGAUUCUGAAGAAUCCGCGGAGAAUAACUCUUUACCCACACCACUACGAAGAAAACCGCUGGAGAGUGAUUUUGAGACUAUUAAAAUCAUCAGCAAUGGGGCUUACGGGGCUGUGUAUCUGGUAAGGCAUAAAGAAACUCGGCAACGUUUUGCGAUGAAAAAGAUCAACCGACAAAACCUGAUUCUGCGGAACCAGAUCCAGCAGGUGUUUGUGGAGCGAGACAUCCUGACGUUUGCAGAGAAUCCCUUUGUGGUCAGCAUGUUCUGCUCCUUCGAGACCCGCAGACAUCUGUGCAUGGUCAUGGAGUACGUGGAAGGUGGUGACUGUGCCACUCUGCUAAAGAACAUGGGCCCACUUCCUGUGGAUAUGACCAGGAUGUACUUUGCGGAGACGGUUCUAGCGCUGGAGUACCUCCACAGUUAUGGCAUUGUGCACAGAGAUCUCAAACCAGACAACCUCUUGAUUACUUCAAUGGGACAUAUUAAACUCACUGACUUCGGGCUCUCCAAAAUCGGCCUCAUGAACAUGACAACCAGUCUGUACGAGGGCCACAUUGAGAAAGACACUAGGGAGUUUAUCGAUAAGCAGGUUUGUGGCACCCCGGAGUACAUUGCUCCAGAAGUGAUCUUGCGGCAGGGCUACGGGAAGCCUGUCGACUGGUGGGCCAUGGGCGUCAUCCUGUACGAGUUUCUUUUGGGAUGUGUGCCGUUUUUCGGAGACACACCGGAAGAGCUUUUUGGACAGGUUGUGAGUGAUGAGAUUAUCUGGCCAGAUGGAGAUGAAGCCCUUCCUGUAGACGCCCAGGACUUGAUCACACGAUUACUGAACCAAAACCCACAGGAGAGGCUUGGAAGAGGUGGGGCUCCAGAAGUAAAGCAGCAUAUGUUCUUCAGUGGUCUGGACUGGAACGGACUCCUGCGUCAAAAAGCUGAGUUCAUCCCUCAGCUGGAGGCCGACGACGACACUAGUUAUUUUGACACUCGAUCUGAACGCUACCAUCAUUUGGCCUCUGAUGAAGAUGAUGAAACUAAUGAUGAAGAGUCUUCCCUAGAAAUACGACGGUUUUCCUCUUGGUCAAAUCGUUUCAGCAAGGUGUACAGCAGCACAGAGCACCUGGCCACCCCAUCCAACCUGAGUUUCUCCUCUGACCGCAGUCACAGUGAAGAGAUAGAGGACCGGGCGGACGGGAGGGACACUCACUCACAUGGAGAGAUCCAGCGGCAGGCCUCCACUGGAGACAAGAGGCUCUCGGCUCAGAGGGCAAGUCUGCGCCCUCGCACUUCUUCCAGCUCUUCUCAGCCUGAGCGAGCUGUGCGCCCCCUAGUGGUGAGCAGCACACACAGCCUGGAGGCCAUGCCUCGAUUCGCCCUCUCCACAGACGACGAGGCUGAAGUUGCCGUAUCCAACCUGCGACGAAUCAGACUACGUAGCAACAGCACAGGAACGAAACACUCGUCACCAAGGGAACAAGGGAGUCCUCAGUGCUUUGGAAACCAGCUGGAGACACCUGACAGGCAGCGGCUCUCACCAGGACGCAAAGUUCCCAAGUCUGCAUCAGUGUCUACGCUCUCGCUCAUCAUCACACCAGAUGAUGGGAGUGGCAGCCUGCAAGCGCGCUCUAUUUCCCCUCGAUCGUUUUCCUCUAACCCAUCAUCCCGAGACUCCUCCCCCAAUCGAGACCUGUCACUCAGCAUCAGCAGGCUCCGCCCCCCCAUCAUCAUCCACAGCUCUGGGAAGAAAUACGGCUUCACCCUGCAGACCAUUCGUGUGUACAUGGGGACCAGCGACAUCUACACCAUACACCACAUGGUCUCGGGUGUGGAGGAGAGCAGCCCUGCCCAUGAGGCUGGAUUGCGAGCGGGUGAUCUGAUCACUCAUGUGAAUGGAGAGUCAGUGCAGGGUCUAGUGCACACAGAGAUGAUGGAGCUGCUUUUGAAGAGCGGUAACCAGGUGGCCCUGCAGACUAUCGCACUGGAGGACACGUCUAUAAAGAUUGGGCCGGCACGCAAGCGCAGCUGUAAAGGAAAGAUGGCUCGCCGCAGUAAGAGGAGCAAAUGGAAGGACAGUCAGGACCGGAGGCGCAGUGUACUGAAGAAGCUGUCCAAACAGAGCACCGUCAUGCACAGCAGCCGCAGUUUCUCCUCCAGCCUGCAUCACUCUGUGUCCUCCAGCGAGAGUCUGCCAGGCUCUCCCACACACAGCCUUUCCUCUGGACCCACAACACCCUGCCGGAGCCCCGUUCCCGACCACACCGCUGAUGCCAGCCUGCCCCAGAAUGCCUCUCCGUGCUCCAGCUCUCCCAGUUCACCGGCGGUCCAAAUGCGGCCCAGCUCUCUGCACGGCCUCGGGUCUAAACUCAGCAACCAGCGCUACACUAAAGUGGGGAGACGCAAGUCCACCAGCAGUAUCCCACCCUCGCCUCUGGCCUGCACCUCCUCACCGCAGGCCCUGUCCCCUCAGCGCUCCCCCUCUCCCUUACCCAGCAUCUCCAAAACCCUCCACUCCUUCCACGGCAAGACCCUGUCGCCCCCCACCAUCAUUCGGCACGUGGUCCGACCCCGGAGUGCAGAACCUCCGCGUUCCCCUCUGCUAAAGAGAGUCCAGUCUGCGGAGAAACUCUCGGGGGCUUUAUUCGCUGACAAAAAGCCCCACGCAGCCCGCAGACACACGCUGGAGGUCCCGCACUGCGAGGUAGACGUCCCGGGAGAGGCCGAGGGGGCCUGCGGUGCGACAUACACGGCGGAUCACAGCAGGCUGGGUGGGUAUCUAUGCGCCCAGAGAUUGAGGGACUGGCCCGGCGAGCGCAUGGAGCAGAUCGUCGUAAUGCGCAAGCUGAAUCUCUGCGAACGUCGAGAUUCCUUCAAGAAACAAGAAGCCGUGCAGGAGGUGAGCUUUGACGAGCCGGAUGACAGGGCUCCUCAGACGCCCGCAUCCACUGGCACACGGCCCAAGCAGAUGAUAGGCGAGUCGGAGGAGGAGUGCGUGGCGAGGAGGAAUCCGCUGGUUCCACAGAUCGCCGUGCAAGGAUCAGAGAGCGAGGAAGCGGAUGACUGGAGGCUUUGCUCAGAUGAAGACGAGGAAGAGGCCGAGGAAAAUUUGAAUCGGGGCGAUCGUGCCAACAAAGAUGACCCGCGCUCCUCAGCAGCUGUGCAAGAAGCCGCUGAGACAGCGAAGCCGGAAGCGCAUCAGAGUCCAGAAAAACGCAAACUGAAAGAGAGAUAAAUGACUGAAGACUGUUACACAUCCGCAGGCUUCUCAACGCACCCGCUGAGAUGUUUGUUGCCACACAGAUUACCGAGUGGAGUAUUUCAUUAGUGUGGAAAUGGAAGUAAGCUAGUCUUAUGCAGGGAAUAUUUAUGCUUUUUUUUUAUUUAUUUUUUUAAUGUACACUGGAGACAUACUGUUGUCCAAAAAGAAAACGUAACUGUUGCUAGUACGUUUUUCUCACCUUCUGUGAACCUGUUGAGGAGGGAAAUUGAAUGACUUGAUUUUUCUAUGAAAAUGUGCAAAUGCUUCGAAUUCAUUUCAUCCUCCAAGAGCUUUUCAUUUUUGCACCAACUUUGUGAUUUUAAAAGCUAUUGAAUGGAAUUGUCAUUUGGCCCUUGUUAUGUAUUAUUUUAUCAUUUCAAAGCGUUUCCAGAGCAUUUGAAAUGAUACAUGCGAAGGGAAAAAGGGCUCUGUUGUGCUGAACAUUUGGGCUUCAAGUAACUUGACAUUUUGGUCAAGGUGUCCAAAAACAAAAACAGUACGAUGUAUUUGUGGAUUUCAUGCAUCAAACCAAAUAGGACAGUUUUUAACCAUUAUAUUUGUCCUUUUUUUGUUUGUUUUUUAAGAUGAAUUUAGAUUUUAAAUAUUUUAAACU